AUGAAUCAAUUUGGACUAACUUUAAUAUUUUUAUUUAUCUUAACUCAAUUUAUAAAAAUUGAGUUAUUAUAUGCUCAAAACACACGUUCAAUAAAAUUUAUAAAAAAUUAUCCAAGAGAGAUUAUAAUUAAGAAUGAUAAAAAUGUAACUUUAAAUCAAGGACCAGAUGAUGAUGGUAAAGCACCAGCCGAUGGUAAAGCACCAGCACCAGCACCAGCAGACGGUAAAGCACCUGCUGAUGGUAAAGCACCAGAAGGUAAAGCACCAGCAGGUAAAGCACCACUACCAGCAAACGGAAAAGCUCCAGCUAUAGCAAAAAAACCUGCAGCAUCUCAAUCUCCAGUAAUACCUAAAGCGGUAGAAAAAAAUAAUAUGGGUAUUAUCACUGGUUCAGUGGUUGGAAGAAUAAUUGGGGCUAUUUUUUUGAUUAUAAUUUCUUUAUUUGUGUUUAAUAAAUAUAAACAAAAAAAUAACACUAUAUUAACUCCCAGAGAUUAUGAAAAUGUAAUAAUGACAAUCUCUGGAUCAAUUAAAGAUAAAGAAUUACCAACAGCUCCUAGUGAGAUAUUUAUUUCACAUAAUGAUCAAAAAAUUGCAAAUAAUUCUAUAGAAAAUCAUCAGAAUUAUAAAGAUGAGCAAGUAGUUGUUAUUUCACUUCAACAAGAAGAACAUAUGAUUCAACAGCUUAGACAAGAGUUUUCAAAAGAUAUAAAAGAUAUAAAAAUUGAAAUCGCUAAUCAGAAUACUCGGCUAAAAGAAGAAAUACAAGAAAUUAAACAAGUAUUAAGGGAAAGUUUAAGAAAAGGUGAUAAAAAGGGUGAUUCGUUAAAUAUCUCUAAAGAAAAUAACAUUGAUGAAGAAGUCAUAAAUAAGCUAAGAGAAGAAGCUUUGCAAGAUAUUAAAGCAGAAUUCAAAGACAGUUUAAGAAGUAAAGUUUUUACUUAA